AUGCUCUCUUGCCUUGCUCUCCUCGCUCUGGCCUGUACGCCCGCCCUCGCCAUCAGCCUGGGAUUGAUUCUUCCCGACGGCAAUGUCUGGACCUCACUGACCUACACUAUCACCGUUCCUCCUGGCCCAAGCUCGGCCGUGACCACUGGGCCUUGGUUCCUCUGGGCAGGGCUUCAACCGGAGGGUGGAGGAGUUGUCCAGCCAGUAUUGCAGUGGGGCCAAAGUCCUUCCAACGGCGAGAUGGUACUUUGGACUGUCCCCGCUGACGGUCUCAACGAUGAUCAGUCCGCCAUCAGCCAGGGAAUUUGGGCGGACGAGGGAGCACGGAUAACCAGUACGGUCAACUUUUCUUGCGGACAAUGGACCCAGACCGCGUAUGUUGUCAGUGGUGGUGGAUCUGGCAAUUUUGUCACCCAAACCAUCACGGCUUCCGAGUACUUCAAUGUUCCAGGCUGUGCAUGCGACUCGCGUGCAAACUUCUUCGUCAUCGAGUCCGAGCUAUACGGCCAGCAGACCGGUGACUGGAACUUCGACGUUACCUUCACCGAUAUCUCGAUCACGGCGGCGACUACUGAUGGCGUUAGCGCCCUUUGCUCCGGUGCGACUUCUCACUCAGACGGAAACGGGUACGUCACCAUUUCCGGGUAUUCACUUUCCUCCGACGGGAAGACCUGCAACUGGAGCACCAUGAUCCUCUCGCCUCCUUAG